AUGGAUAUCAGGGAGCUGAUAGACAUCACGGAGCUCAGUUCCAUAGCAACAGAAGGGCCUCCUCCACCUCCACCUCCGCCUCUUCUACAACCUCACCAUUCUGCACUUUCAUCUUCUCCUCUGCCACCACCUUUACCUCCAAAGAAAUUGUUAGCUACAACUAAUACUCCACCUCCACCACCUCCACCUUUGCAUUCUAAUUCUCAAAUGGGAGCCCCCACAAGUUCUUUGGUGUUGAAAUCUCCUCAUAAUCUUAAAGGUCAGGGUCAAACGAGAAAGGCCAACUUGAAACCGUAUCAUUGGUUAAAGCUUACUAGAGCAGUGCAAGGAAGUUUAUGGGCUGAAGCGCAGAAAUCUGAUGAAGCUGCAACUGCUCCAGAUUUUGACAUCUCUGAGAUUGAGAAACUCUUCUCAGCAGUGAAUCUUAGCUCUAACAGUGAAAAUAAUGGUGGGAAAUCAGGCCGACGUGCCCGACCUAAAGUUGAGAAAGUGCAGCUGAUUGAGCUCAAACGAGCAUACAACUGUGAGAUCAUGCUCUCUAAAGUUAAAAUACCUCUGCCUGAUUUGAUGAGUUCUGUUCUUGCUUUGGAUGAGUCAGUGAUAGAUGUUGAUCAAGUUGACAAUCUAAUAAAGUUUUGUCCAACAAAAGAAGAAGCAGAAUUGCUCAAGGGCUUCAUUGGAAAUAAAGAAACUUUGGGGCGGUGUGAGCAGUUCUUUUUAGAACUGUUGAAAGUUCCUCGAGUGGAGACUAAGCUAAGGGUUUUCUCAUUCAAGAUUCAGUUUCACUCCCAGGUUACUGAUCUUAGAAGAGGUUUGAAUACCAUACAUAGUGCAACCAAUGAGGUUAGAGGCUCGACUAAACUAAAAAGAAUCAUGCAAACUAUACUUUCCUUGGGCAAUGCAUUGAACCACGGGACUGCAAGGGGCUCAGCUAUCGGGUUUCACCUGGAUAGUCUUCUGAAACUCACUGACACUAGAUCCCGUAACAGUAAGAUGACUCUGAUGCACUAUCUCUGUAAGGUGCUUGCCGAGAAGCUUCCAGGGCUACUUAAUUUUCCAAAAGACAUGGUGAGCUUGGAGGCUGCAACAAAUAUUCAACUAAAAUACCUGGCAGAGGAGAUGCAAGCAACUAGCAAAGGGUUGGAGAAAGUUGUACAAGAGUUUACUGCAUCUGAAACUGAUUGUCAAAUAUCAAAACACUUUCAUAUGAACUUGAAAGAGUUUCUUAGCGUUGCUGAAGGAGAAGUAAGGUCCUUGGCUUCUCUCUAUUCGACUGUGGGUGGAAGCGCCGAUGCUUUGGCGUUAUACUUCGGAGAAGAUCCAGCUCGUGUCCCAUUUGAGCAAGUUGUAUCCACUCUGCAAAACUUUGUUAGAAUAUUUGUGCGGUCACACGAGGAAAACUGCAAGCAAGUUGAGUUUGAGAAGAAGAGAGCACAGAAGGAAGCGGAGAACGAAAAACUUAAGAAAGGUGUUUACAAUGAGAACUGA